UCUUCUCAACUCUGUCCCUUUUUUUUAAAGCUUACAUCCCCUUUACCCACAAAAGAUUUAAAGCAUAACGUGUCUCCUCCUUCUGCUUCCUUCUCACUCCACCCCCUCUCUCUCCCCAAGAAGAUGGAGAACAUCGGUGAUGAGUAUAAGAAUUAUUGGGAAACAAACAUGUUCUUACAAAACGAAGAACUCGAUAGCAGCUACUUCGAUGAGGCAAUCUCGGCAUACUAUGAUUCAAGCUCGCCGGACGGGGCACAAUCAUCGUUGGCAUCCAAAAACAUUGUGUCAGAAAGGAAUAGGAGGAAGAAGCUAAAUGAGAGGUUAUUUGCACUUAGAGCUGUGGUCCCAAACAUUAGCAAGAUGGAUAAAGCCUCAAUAAUCAAAGAUGCAAUUGAUUACAUUCAAGAAUUGCAUGAUCAAGAAAGGAGAAUUCAAGCAGAGAUAUCAGAGCUUGAAUCUGGAAGGUCAAAGAAGAAUACGAGUGUUGAAUUUGAUCAAGAUGGGAGCUUUGAUGCAAAGCCUAAAAGAUCAAGAACACUUGAGCAGCAGUAUGGUUAUGAUUCUUCUGGAUCAACUACAAGAUCAUCACCAUCCUCUUCUCCUGUUGAAGUUCUUGAGUUGAGGGUAUCUUCAAUGGGAGAAAAAACAGUGGUGGUGAGCCUCACUUGCAGCAAAAGAACAGACACAAUGGUAAAAGUUUGUGAGAUCUUUGAAUCUUUGAAUAUCAAAAUCAUUAGUGCAAAUAUCACUGCUUUCUCUGGGAGGCUUCUCAAGACAGCUUUCAUUGAGGCUGAUGAGGAAGAGAAGGAACUUUUGAAGAUGAGGAUUGAAACUGCUAUAGCUACUCUAAAUGAUCCAGAUAGCCCUGUGAGCACUUAGAACAACAAUGAUAAUGAGGAUUUAUUUCCAAAGGAGUUGUUUUUUUUUUCUCUCGUUAUUUCUACGGUUCUACCUCCUCCUCCUUCUCCUUACAUCUUGGCCUGCAGCUUUGUUUGACUGUUUAUAUAGUUUGUAGUUGGUGUUUUUCACAAGAAAUCCCAGUCAAUGAAAGUUUUACCUUUCUCGUCCUUA